AUGAAUUUGUCAAAAAUUCCAAACGACAAAAAAUUAUAUCUUUGCAAGUGGUAUUUUAGAGCUGGAUUUGUUUUUCUACCAUUUCUUUGGACUGUGAAUGCUAUUUGGUUUGCAAAAGAAGCUUUUGUUGAACCGCAUUAUGAAGAACAAAAGCAGAUUAAGAAAUAUGUAAUAUUUUCUGCUAUUGGAGCAACUGUAUGGUUAGCUGCACUUGUAGCAUGGAUUAUUACAUUUCAAACACAAAGAGAGGCAUGGGGUGAAUUUGCAGAUUCUAUCACUUACGUGUAUCCAGCUGGCAUUCCUUGAUAUUCAGAUAUACAUAUCAUUAUUGAAUUGUAUAUAACUAAUUAU